GGGCACAUUCCAGUUCCGGUGUAAACAUUACUCACCAAGAUGUCGUUGAAUACAUCGCAUAACCGCGGUGGCGUCAUUAUUUACAAUGGAGAAAGAAUUUUAUUGUACUGUGAUGCAGUUGAUAUGAAGAUAGAAUCAAACACCGAUGUAGACCAUUUCAAGGGGAACCACAAAGGGCGAGUGUACCUCACAACACACAGGAUGAUCUUCACGAGCGUCAGCGACAAGGACAUGCUUCAGUCGUUCAGCAUGCCGUUCAUGUGCAUCAAGGAGCUGGAGCUUGAACAACCCGUGUUCGGCGCCAACUUCAUAAAGGGCAAGGUCCUGUCACAGCCGGGCGGUAACUGGAAUGGUCAGGCAAAGUUUAAGCUGCACUUCAUGCAUGGCGGAGCGAUUGAAUACGGUCAGGCACUGCUGAAGGCGGGAAGAAUGGCAUGCAGUAGGGGAAUGGCCCAGCAACCACCACCGUACGUUCCCCCACCAGCUUCAUUCCAACAAGCUCCUCCACCAAUGUACAUGCCACCACCGCAAGGAUACGGAUUCCAACUGCCAACUGACACAUUUCCCACAGCUCCUCUCGCGAAUGGACCAGGAGUGUACAUGUAUGAUGCACCACCUCCUUACCCCGGCAUAUAUGAGACGACCCCACAGCAGGCGCCCUCUGCUGCAGCUGCGAAGGCACAGGAGGCCGCACAGAGCCAACCGAACAAUGCUUACUACAAUCCGUCGAACCCACACAAUGUCUAUAUGCCCCAGCAGCCCGGUGCUGGGAUGCAGCAACCUCCACCAUAUAACCCAACAAGCAAUGGCUACCCGCAGCAGGCACCACCAUACCCCCAGCAGGCACCAGCAUACGGGUACCCCCAGCAGUCACCGGCGUAUCCACAACAGGCACCGGCGUAUCCACAGCAGUCACCGGCUUAUCCACAGCAGUCACCGGCGUAUCCACAACAGGCACCGGCGUAUCCACAGCAGUCACCGGCGUAUCCACAGCAGUCACCGGCGUAUCCACAACAGUCACCGGCGUAUCCACAACAGGCACCGGCGUAUCCACAGCAGGCACCGGCGUCUGGAUACCCCCAGCAGGCACCGGCUUACGGGUACCCCCAGCAGGGAGCUACAGGCCAGGGUCCACCAUACAGUGGACAGACACUUCCCAGUUACGAAGAAGUGUCGAGAGACAAGAAGAAUGAUUAAUACACAUCUUCUCGUCGAUAGAGCUUCGAAGCAGAGUAAAUUGAAUUUCGUCGUCUCAUCAAUUAUUAUCACGAGAAUUAUAUUAAACACUCUUUUUUUCUCGUGUUUUCGGACAUCAGUCGUCGUGAUUAUCCUAAAGGAUAUGUGAUCGCUGUCUGUCUUGCAGCGAUUAUAUAUGUGUGUACUGAUUUACCGGAUUGCAUUUGUGUGUGACAGUGAAUCAGUAAUGCCAUUAGUAGAUUUUAUCGCACAUACAUUCUAUACUUGUAUAAAUGGACUCUUUCUGGCGCCAGUACAUUGUUCCAAUAGUGCCUGAACAGACUGAAUAUACUGUAAUGCUUGCGAACCUAUGUACGUUGUUGUUAGAGCCCUGGGGCCUGUUGUCAGAACUAUCAUAAAUUGCUAUGAUAUAAGCCCUACAUGUCAUUACUUUUGAAGUGAACGGUCGUGCAAAGGUUAUGACACUGUGGCCUUAUAUUAGCCAUUACUAUUUAUGUUGAUUCGGACAUUCGUACUCUGUACUGCUACUAAGUACCAGCCAUUGUUUUAGUGUCUGAAUAUCCUGACAUUUAAGUUUCCAGUAGAGCAAACGAGCAGGGAGGUAAACGCAUUGUAAGCACGUCGUCAUUUUACAGUCUCCGUAUUCUCGUAUGAUGUGGCGUUGAUGGCAUCGUAAUAUCGAACCAUAGUGAUUAGUUCCAGCCCUGAAAACAUUAUAACAGUGACUGCUCUAAAGUUGAAGUAUUUAAAUUUUAUAUCCUCGUUGCAGAUAAGCGAAUUCUGACUAAGAAGCAACAAAUUUGAAUACGUUAUCAUGCGCUUUUAGUGUUAGUCUUGCUCUUGCCGCACUUGUGAAGGAUAUUUGGUCAUUUAUUUAAUUUGCGCGUAAGAAACAUAGUAUCUGCUGCAUAGCCAGCAAUUAAUAAGAGAAUCUAAAGCGUUAUGGUGGGGUUCAAGAAACUGAAUAAACAUGUAAUUACACUGUGAUCGAUCGAUAACGAUGUUAUAGUAGCUUUACUGAGAAUAUAUUUGCCUCAAAAUGGGAUUAUCGUACGUUUGUUAGUAUGUGUUAUGUUUAAAUUAUUUUAUCUAAUAAACUGUUUUGGGAAUAUUGUAUAGUCACUCGUAACGAACGUGUAUUCGUCGUGUAAACCAUAGUAAUAUACACGUUAGUCAAAUCGUGGACUUUAGGUUGGUAUAGCGAUCCUAAUAAACACGUGGAUUGUGUUAUUACGCACGUGUAUGUGUGCAUGCGACUGAUUAACUGACCAUUCAAAUAUUCAGUAGGAUUUCUAUUAGUUAUAUUAAGAAUUCCAGUGAAUAAAACUCGAAAUGAGAACGCUGUAAUUCCGUGAGUAAUCCCUCCUCAUUUUUAACAUGAGUCUCCCGAUGAGGUUUGCCCCGCUCACAGCAUGACCAUAAUUCAGCAUUACUUCCGAAUGAGAUUGGUUGCAGACAUAUCCGUUACAAUGUGAGCGUGUCACUUUUCAUUCUAACUAAAGGAUGACUUUGUUACUAGCUACGCGCUCUUAUACGCCGAAUAUUUCAUAUGGAAUCAUUUCGGAUCAGGCAAUCGGUCGCCGUGGAGUAGAGGCAUACCUACAUUACGAUGGUGUACUGGCUUGGUGGCGGGUUACUGUAUGAGGUAACAGAAUGAAACGAAUAGAAACUUUGUCGGCGAUAGUGAACGACUGAAACUGAAGCUCAUGAAGGUAUAAUAACGGAACGGUGACAAGUCAUGGGUGAUCACAGUGUGGUUGGCUUCGAUGUGAACAUGGUUUGUAAAGUAUGAGUGAUUUUACCUUGGUGUAUGCGUGGGGCGUGAGAAUGUAUUUCAGUGGUGUACAUCUGAGAACAUGAUAACGAAUAAAAGGGCCAUAGUUGUUAACGUUUCUAUCAUAUAUGUGCACAUCUAACGUAGAAUUCUGCCACGCUAUAUGUUAAAUCCUCACUUUCCUUAUCGUCCCAACAUUUCUAGAUUUGUCGCUCUCAGCUCAGAUAUGAAAUGUCACGAAUUGAGAGCGAUCGAAGUGCAGUUUGUUUCUACAGCACGCACUACGGUGAAACUCCCGUGUUAUUUCAACGUGUUAUCAGGAAAUGUCGAGAUAAAAUUCACGCGAUUUGAGAACGGUUGGGGGAGGGGGUAACUGCAUCGGUUGUAGCGGCUCGUCAUUCUCGCAUUAUAAAUCACAAAAUGGGAUGUAAUGUGCAAUUGCCGCUUGUACUUCGUUCGUGUACGUACGUAAUAAAGAAAAUUCGUUCACAUUGUUA